UGCGGGGCGCGGCGGUGGUAGGUGUCGCGAACGGGAGUCCCUAGCUGACGUGGCUUAAAUUGGGAACGGGGGGCUGGAGCCUCUGGCAGUCGGUUUGCAGAAAUGUUGAGUCGAUUGUCAGGAUUAGCAAAUGUUGUUUUGCAUGAAUUGUCAGGAGAUGGUACUGAUCAGGAUAUGGGGCCUCCCUUGGACCCUGAAAUACCACAGGAAUCUGACAUGGAAUUUAAUAAUAGAAUACAAGAGGAUGUUCUGGAGCGCCUGGCUUAUGCAGAACAGUUGGUGGAGGAGCUGAAGGAUAUUAUUAGGCAGAAGGAUAUUCAGCUACAACAGAAGGAUGAGACUCUACAGGAGGAAAGAAAAGCUGCUGAUAACAAAAUUAAAAAAAUAAAGCUUCAUGCUAAGGCCAAAUUAGCUUCCUUGAAUAAACACAUAGAAGAAAUGAAGGCACAAGGAGGGACUGUUCUGCCUACAGAACCUCAGUCAGAGGAGCAGCUCUCCAAGCAUGACAAGAGUUCUACAGAGGAGGAGGAGAUGGAAGUAGAAAAGAUAAAACAUAAACUCCAGGAGAAGGAAGAACUAAUUAGCAGUUUGCAAACCCAACUUAUCCAGGCACAGGCAGAGCAAACUGCGCAGUUGGCUAAGAAUUCUACAGAGAUGGAAGAAUUUGUAAGGGUGAAACAACAACUCAAAGAGAAGGAGGAACUCAUUAGCACUUUGCAAACCCAGCUCAGCCAGACCCAGGCAGAGCAAGCUGCACAGUUGAGUUCCAUGCAGCAGGUGGUCCGAGAGAAAGAUGCCCGCUUUGAAACACAGGUUCGUCUUCAUGAAGAUGAGCUGCUUCAGUUAGUAACCCAGGCAGAUGUGGAAACACAGAUGCAACAGAACUUGAGGGUGCUGCAGAGGAAGCUCGAAGAGCGUGAAGAAGCCCUGUCUGGUCGUGCUCAAGUAGUGGACUUGCUGCAGCAGGAGCUGAAUGCUGCCGAACAGCGCAACCAGGUUCUCCUUCAGCAGUUACAGCAGAUGGAAGCUGAGCAGAAUACUUUAAGAAAUACUCUAGAAACAGAAAGACAGGAUUCUAAGAUUCUGAUGGAAAAGAUGGAACUUGAAGUGGCAGAGAGAAAAUUAUCCUUCCAUAACCUGCAGGAAGAAAUGAAUCAUCUUUUGGAACAGCUUGAGCAAGCAGACCAAGCCCAGGCUGAACUGGAAUCACAGUACAGAUCCUUGGAGCAGAAGCACAAAGCAGAAAUGGAAGAGAAGACUUUGCACAUUUUGAGUCUUCAGAAGACUGAACAAGAGCUACAGUCUUCCUGUGAUACUCUGAAGGAUCAAAAUUCAAAGCUCCUCCAAGAGAAGAGGGAACAGUCAGUCCAGUCAGCCCAGGCAAUUCAGCAGCUGGAAGAUCAGCUCCAUGAAAAAUCCAAAGAAAUUAGCCAAUUUCUAACUAAAUCAACCUUGCAAAAACAUGAAACAGCAUCUCAGACUUCUUUCCCAGAUGUUUCUCAUGAGGGUGUACAGGUAAUCCAACGUCAGCUUCUUAUGAAUCUGGCAGUCACUGAGGAGAAAAUUGCCUCUCUGCAGCAGAGAGUAGUGGAACUAGAGAAUGAAAAGGGAGCCUUGCUCCUUAGCUCUAUGGAGUUGGAGGUGCUGAAAGCUGAGAAUGAAAAACUGUCUUCUCAGAUUACUCUCCUGGAGGCUCAGAGUAGAGCUGGAAAGGCAGAUAAAGAAGACAGCCAGAUCAGCAUGGUUGAUAAUACCAGGCUCAACAAGAGCAACUCUUCUACUGAGGAAAGUGGGCAAGAUGUCCUAGAGAACACAUUUUCCCAGAAACAUAGAGAAUUAUCAGUUUUACUCUUGGAAAUGAAAGAAGCUCAAGAGGAGAUUGCCUUUCUUAAAAUGCAGUUACAAGGCAAAAAGACGGAGGGGGACCCAGAGGACCUUGGUCAGAAAGAAGUAAAACAGAUGGAGAGUGAGGGAAUACCUCCAGUUGAAAUGAAAGUAUUGCUUGAAGAUACAGGGCAAGAUUUUCCCUUAAUGUCAGAUGAAGAGAGCAGUCUUCCAGCAGUUAAAAAAGAAGAGCAAGCAAGCAAUAAACAUCAAAAUACAACCUCCGAGGAAAUGCCUUUUAAUGACACUAAAAUGGAAUUGAAAUCAACAAAGCAGGAUGCUAUUGAUAAGUCUCCUGCUGUGAUACCAGAUAUUAGUCAGUGUCAGCAGGAUGAAUUGAAGAGGUUAAAAAGUCAAAUUUCAGAGCUUGAGAUAAGCUUUCAUAAAGCAGAAGAAACCUAUGAAAAAAAUUUAGAUGAGAAAGCUAAGGAAAUAAGCAAGCUAACUCAGUUGAUUGAAGAGUUUAAGAAAAAUGCUGAGAACACAAGCAAUGCAUUCACUGCUUUGUCUGAAGAAAGAGACCAGCUUCUUUCCCAGGUAAAGGAGCUUAGUAUAGUAACAGAGCUGAGGGCUCAGGUACAACAACUGGAAGCAAAUCUUGCAGAAGCAGAAAAGCAAAGAAGACUAGACUAUGAAAGCCAGACUACUCAUCACAACCUGCUCACUGAACAGAUCCACAGUCUUAUCAUAGAAGCCAAAUCUAAAGAUGUGAAAAUUGAAGUUUUACAGAAUGAACUAGAUGAUAUGCAGCUUCAAUUUUCUGAGCAGAGUACACUGAUUAAAAGUGUGCAGAGCCAGCUGCAGAAGAAGGAAAAUGAAGUGCUUGAGGGGGAGGAACGUUUGAGGGAUAUGUCAGAUAAGAUGGAAGAACUUUCACGUGCUCUUUCACAGAAGGAACUUGAAAUAGCAAAACUGGAUCAACUAUUAGUAGAGAAAAAGAAAGAUGUGGAAACCCUCCAACAAACCGUCAAGGAGAAGGAUCAGCAAGUGACAGAAAUCAGCUUUAGUAUGACUGAGAAAAUGGUUCAGCUUAAUGAAGAGAAGUUUUCUCUCGGGGUUGAAAUUAAGACUCUUAAAGAACAGCUGAAUUUAUUAUCCAAAGCUGAAGAAGCAAAAAAAGAGCAUGUAGAAGAAGAUAAAGAAGUUGUUUCUGGCCUUAAACAUAAUUAUAAUGAGUUGAGUCCAGCAGGGCUAAUAAGUAAAGAAGAACUUCAGCAUGAAUUAGACCUUCUAAAGAAAGAAAGUGAACAGAGAAAGAGAAAGCUCCAGGCAGCUCUUAUUAACAGAAAGGAACUUCUACAAAAAGUCAGUAGAUUAGAAGAGGAAUUGGCCAAAGUGAGAGAUGAAUCUAGGAAAGAAGUGCCACUUAAUGCGAAUGAGAAGAGGGAAAUGGAAGAAGAUAAAGAGAACAAAGAAGACUCAGAAAAAUGCGUGAGUUCUAAGUGCCAAGAAAUAGAAAUUUAUUUAAAACAGACAAUAUCUGAGAAAGAAGUAGAACUAGAGCAUGUAAGGAAGGAUUUGGAAGAAAAGGUAGCAGCUGAAGAGCAGUUACAGGCUACGGUCAAACAGAUGAAUCAGAACUUGCAAGAUAAGACAAACCUGAUAGAUUUGCUGCAAGCACAAAUCACUGAAAACCAAGCAGUUAUACAAAAAUUAAUCACAGGUAACAAGGAUGCAGGUGAUGGAGACUCAGCAGCACCUGUAAAAGAAACAGUGGUAAUCAGUCCAGCUGGUGCAGGUAGUGGAGAACAAUGGAAACCAAAACUGGAAGAAAAGAUAUUGGACCUUGAAAAAGAAAAGGAGCAACUUCAGAAGAAGCUACAGGAAGUGUUAGCCUCACGCAAGGUGAUUCUAAAAAAGGCACAGGAAAAAGAAAAACAUCUUAGAGAGGAGCUAAAGCAACAGAAAGAUGACUAUAAUCGUUUGCAAGAACAGUUUGAUGAGCAAAGUAAGGAAAAGGAAAACAUUGGAGACCGACUAAGACAACUCCAGAUUCAAGUAAGGGGGUCUUUAGACAGAAACCCCCCACCAGGCAUUGAUCAGGAGGAAUCAAGUUCUUCCAUUCAAGGUUUAGAGGAUCCUGUAUUCAAAGCUGCAGAGCAGCAACUUGAUCAACCUGUUUCAGAGUCCCCCUUGGGCCCAGACUUGCCUUCUCAACAUGAAGAUGCAAAUAUUCUGCAGAGUAAUCCUUAUAUUGACCAGAUUAAGGCCAAACUGAAAGAAAUAGAAUCCGAGAAAGAAGAGUUAGAAUUGAAGGUUAGUUCUACAUCAAGUGAGCUUACUAAAAAAUCAGAUGAAGUAUUUCAAUUACAAGAGCAGAUAAAUAAACAGGUUUUAGAGAUCCAGAGUCUGAAGACAGCUGCCAGUGAAGCUGAAGCCCAUGCAGAAAGCCUGAAGCUGACGUUGGAAAGCAAUCAACUAGAAAUUGCUAGAUUAGAACAUCUCAGAGAAUUACAGCCUGCACUAGAUGAACUGCAAAGACUCAUAAGCAAAAAAGAAGAAGAAGUUAGCUACCUUUCUGGACAACUUAGCGAGAAAGAGAAAAUCUUUACUAAAGUGAAGACAGAGGUAAUAGAACGAGAGGACUUAAUUAAGGCUUUACAUAUGCAACUGGAAAUGCAAGCCAAAGAGCAUGAUGAGAAGAUAAAGCAGUUACAGGUGGAACUUAGUGAAAUGAAGCAAAAACCAGAAGAGACUGAAAAAGAAGGUAAAGCAAAGCUACAAAUACAGAGGAAACUUCAAGCUGCCCUUAUUUCCCGAAAAGAAGCACUGAAAGAAAACAAAGAUCUCCAAGAGGAGUUGUCUUUGGCAAGAGAUAGCAUUGAACGGCUUACCAAGUCUCUGGCAGAUGUAGAAAGCCAAGUUUCUGCUCAGAAUAAAGAAAAAGAUAUAUUCUCACAAAGGUUAGCUCUUCUUCAGGAAGAGAGAGACAAACUUAUUGCAGAAGUGGACAAGUCUUUACUGGAAAAUCAGAGUCUCAAUGGCUCUUGUGAAAGUCUGAAGCUAGCUCUGGAGGGUCUUACUGAAGACAAAGAAAAGUUAUUGAAGGAAAUUGAAUCUUUGAAAUGCUCUCAGAUUGCAGAAAAGACCGAGUGGCAAGAGAAGCACAAGGAGCUACAAAAAGAGUAUGAAAUUCUUCUGCAGUCUUACGAGAACGUUAGUAAUGAGGCAGAAAGGAUUCAGCAUGUGGUAGACGCUGUGAGGCAAGAAAAGCAAGAAUUAUAUGGCAAGCUGAGAAGCACAGAAGCAAACAAGAGAGAGACAGAAAAGCAGUUGCAGGAAGCUGAACAGGAAAUGGAGGAGAUGAAAGAAAAGAUGAGAAAGUUUGCUAAGUCUAAACAACAGAAAAUCCUAGAGCUAGAAGAAGAGAAUGACCGGCUAAGAGCAGAGGUCCACCCUGCAGGUGAUACAUCUAAAGAACGUAUGGAUGCACUUCUUUCUUCUAAUUCCAACAUGAAGGAGGAACUAGAAAGCGUCAGAAUGGAAUAUAAAACCCUGUCUAAGGACUUUGAGGCUCUGAUGACUGAGAAAGACAUUCUAAGUCAAGAGGUUCAAGAUUUAAAGCAUCAGAUAGAAGAUAAUAUAUUCAAACAAGCUAGCCGGGAAGCCAUUGAGAAACAAGAUAAUCAAGGGGAUAUUAUUGAAGAGGCAACGCAAUCUGUGUCAGAUGAGGUUAAAGAGCAAGACUCUCCGAGUAGGAGUACAAGGCCUGAAUAUUCAGAAUCCAUUCUAUUGGAGAACAGUGGCAAGAUAGAUCCUGACAUAAGUGAGAAUGUCAGCUCACAUGGUGAAAUUAAUAACUACCUACAGGAGAUUGAUCAGCUCAAAGAAACAAUCGCUGAAUUAGAGAAGGAGAAGCAUAAAGAAAAGGAAUUUAGUCAGGCAUUAGAAAAUGAGAAAAAUACCUUACUGAAUCAAAUACUAUCAAAGGAUGGUGAACUAAAAAUACUUCAGGAAGAAGUAACCCAAAUAAACUUGUUAAAUCAGCAAAUCCAAGAAGAACUCUCCAGAGUUACCAAAUUAAAGGAGACAGCAGAAGAAGAGAAAGAUGAUUUGGAAGAGAGGCUUAUGAAUCAGUUAGCAGAACUUAAUGGAAGCAUUGGAAAUUAUUAUCAGGAUGUGACAGAUGCCCAAAUAAAAAAUGAGCAACUGGAAUCUGAAAUGCAGAAUCUUAAAAAGUGUGUGAGUGAACUGGAAGAAGAAAAGCAGCAGUUAGUCAAGGAAAAAACUAUGGUGGAAUCAGAAAUACGAAAAGAAUAUUUGGAGAAAAUACAAGGUGCCCAGAAAGAACCUGGCAGUAAAAGCCAUGCGAAGGAGCUUCAGGAGCUGUUAAAAGAAAAACAACAAGAAGUAAAGCAGUUGCAGAAGGACUGCAUCAGGUAUCAAGAGAAAAUUAGUGCUCUGGAGAGAACUGUCAAGGCCCUAGAAUUUGUUCAGUCUGAGUCCCAAAAAGAGUUGGAAACAAACAAAGAGAAUCUGGCCCAAGCUGAUGAACUCCGCAAGAAGGCACAAGCAGAAUUAGCUAGCUUCAGAGUAUUGCUAGAUGACACUCAAAGUGAAGCAGCUCGGGUCCUAGCAGACAAUCUCAAGUUGAAAAAGGAACUUCAGUCAAAUAAGGAAUUAGUUAAAAGCCAAAUGAAGCAAAAGGAUGACGAUCUUGAGCGAAGACUAGAGCAGGCAGAAGAUAAGCACCUGAAAGAGAAGAAGAAUAUGCAAGAGAAACUGGAUGCUUUGCGUAGAGAAAAAGCCCACUUGGAAGAGACUUUUGGAGAGAUUCAGUUUACUUUGGACAAGAAAGACAUGGAAGUUAAGCAACUUCAGGAAAACUUGGACAGUACUGUGGCCCAGCUUGCGGCCUUCAGUAAGAGUAUGUCUUCCCUCCAGGAUGAUCGGGACAGGGUGAUAGAUGAAGCCAAGAAAUGGGAGAGGAAGUUCAGUGAUGCCAUUCAAACCAAAGAAGAUGAAAUUAGACUUAAAGAGGAGAAUUGCAGUGUUCUAAAGGAUCAGCUUAGGCAGAUGUCCAUCCACAUGGAGGAACUGAAGAUCAACAUUUCCAGGCUUGAACAUGACAAGCAGACCUGGGAGUCCAAGGCCCAGACAGAGGUCCAGCUUCAACAGAAGGUCUGUGAUACUCUACAGGGGGAAAACAAAGAACUUUUGACCCAGCUAGAAGAGACUCGAUACCUAUACCACAAUUCUCAGAAUGAACUAGCUAAGUUGGAAUCAGAACUUAAGAUUCUCCGAGACCACUCGACUGAUUUAAAUAACUCUUUAGAAAAAUGUAAGGAAAACAAAGAAAAUUUGGAAGGGAUUGUCAAGCAGCAAGAAGCUGAUAUCCAGAAUUGUAAGUUCAGUUAUGAACAGCUAGAGGCUGAUCUUCAGGCCUCCAGAGAACUGACCAGUAGACUGCAUGAAGAAAUAAACAUGAAAGAGCAGAAGAUCAUAAGCCUGCUUUCUGCCAAGGAAGAGGCAGUCCAAGUAGCUAUUUCAGAACUGCAUCAACAACAUGAUAAAGAAAUUAAAGAACUGGAAAACCAGCUGUCCCAGAAGGAAGAGGAGAACAAAAAAGCUGUUGACAAAACCAGUCAGCUUAUGGAAACACUGAACACCAUCAAAAAGGAAAGCACUCAGCAGAAGGCUCAGUUGGACUCCUUCGUUAAAUCCAUGUCUUCUCUCCAGGAUGACCGGGACCGCAUAGUAGGCGACUAUCAACAGCUGGAAGAACGACAUCUUUCUGUUAUCUUAGAAAAAGAUCAACUCAUCCAGGAUGCUGCUGCUGAGAAUAAUAAGCUUAAGGAAGAAAUUAGAUGCUUAAGAAGUCAUAUGGAUGAUCUCAAUUCUGAGAAUGCCAAGCUAGAUGCAGAACUGAUCCAAUAUAGAGAAGACCUGAACCAAGUAAUAUCAAUAAAGGACUGUCAGCAAAAGCAACUCCUUGAAGCUCAACUUCAGCAGAAUAAGGAGCUGAAAAGUGAAUAUGCUAAAUUAGAAGAAAAGCUGAAGGAGUCUGAGGAAGCAAAGGAGAAUUUGCAGAGGUCCUCUAAUACCCUACAGGAGGAGAAACAAGGCUUAUCUAAAGAGAUUGAGAGCUUAAAAAUAUCUAUAUCCCAACUAAAGGGACAGGUAACAGACUUACAAGAAGAAGGUACUUUAGGAGUAUUUCAGGCUCAAUUAAAAGUAAAGGAAGAAGAGGUACAAAAGUUAAGUACUACCCUUUCUUCCUCUCAGAAAAGAAUUAAAGAACUGGAAGAGGAAUUGGUUCAUGUUCAGAAGGAAGCUGCCAAGAAAGUAGGUGAAAUUGAAGAUAAACUGAAGAAAGAAUUAAAGCAUCUUCAUCAUGAUGCUGGGAUAAUGCGAAAUGAGACUGAAACAGCAGAAGAGAGGGUGGCAGAGCUAGCAAGAGAUCUGAUGGAGAUGGAACAGAAAUUACUCACGGUCACCAAAGAAAAUAAAGAUCUCACAGCACAAAUUCAGUCGUUUGGAAAGUCUAUGAGUUCCCUGCAGAAUAGUAGAGAUCAUGCCAAUGAGGAGCUUGAUGAACUGAAAAGGAAAUAUGAUGCCAGUCUGAAGGAGGUGGCACAGCUGAGAGAAAAACAGGGCCUCCUAAGCAGAGAGAGAGAGGUUCUUGUGUCUAAAGCCGCCUCUCCCAAGAGCUCCACUGAGGAUAACAGCUUGUCUCAUCUUGAGAAACUUAACCAACAGCUUCUAUCCAAAGACGAACAGUUGCUUCACUUGUCCUCACAACUAGAAGAUUCUUACAACCAAGUGCAGUCUUUUUCCAAGGCUAUGGCCAGUCUGCAGAAUGAGAGAGAUCACCUGUUGAAUGAGCUGGCGAGGUUCCGCAAGUCCGAGGAAGGGAAGCAGCGGUCUGCAGCCCAGCCUGCAACCAGCCCUGCUGAAGUACAGAGUUUAAAAAAAGCCAUGUCAUCACUCCAAAAUGACAGAGACCGACUACUGAAGGAAUUGAAGAAUCUGCAGCAGCAGUACUUACAGAUUAACCAAGAGAUCCCUGAGUUACGUCCACUGAAGGCCCAACUUCAGGAGUAUCAAGAUAAAACAAAAACAUUCCAGAUCAUGCAAGAAGAGCUCAGGCAGGAACACCUCUCCUGGCAACAUGAGCUGCAUCAGCUCAGGAUGGAGAAGAGUUCUUGGGAAGUACAUGAGAGGAGGAUGAAGGAGCAGUACCUUAUGGCUCUCUCAGAUAAGGAUCAGCAGCUCAAUCAUCUGCAGAACCUUAUGAGGGAACUGAGGGCUUCUUCCUCCCAGACUCAGAACCUCAAAGUGCAAUACCAAAGACAGGCAUCCCCAGAGACACCAACUUCCCUAGAUGGGUCACAAAACCUGGUUUAUGAGACAGAACUUCUCAAGACCCAGCUCAAUGACAGUUUAAAGGAAAUUCACCAAAAGGAAUUAAGAAUUCAGCAACUGAACAGCAAGUUCUCUCAGCUGCUCGAAGAGAAAAAUACCCUUUCAGUUCAGCUCUGCGAUACUAGUCAGAGUCUUCGUGAGAGCCAGCAGCACUACAGUGACCUGUAUAAUCACUGUGCAGUUUUGGAGAAGCAGGUUCAAUUGCUGCAGGCGGGGCCACUCAAUCUAGAUGUUGCUCCAGGAGCUCCCCAGGAAAAGAAUGGAGCUCACAGGAAGAGUUCUCCUGAGGAACUGAGGGAGCCACAGCUGAGCUUUUCUGAAGCCCAGCAGCAGCUGUGCAACACUAAACAGGAGGUGAGCGAGUUAAGGAAGCUGCUGGAAGAAGAGCGAGACCAAAGAGUGGCUGCUGAGACUGCGCUCUCCGUGGCCGAAGAGCAGAUCAGGAGGUUGGAGCACAGCGAGUGGGACUCUGUCCGGACUCCUAUCAUUGGCUCCUGUGGUACCCAGGAACAGGCGAUAUUAAUAGACCUUACAAGCAGCGGUUGUCGAAGGACGCGGAGUGGUGCUGGAUGGAAGCGAGUCCUGCGUUCGCUCUGUCAUUCCCGUACCCGAGUGCCACUGCUAGCAGCCAUCUACUUUUUGAUGGUUCAUGUCCUACUCAUUCUGUGCUUCACCGGCCAUUUAUAAACCUAGUUGUCACCUUUUGGACCCCUCACCUAAGAACUUGGCUUUCUCUCACCCCUAAUGUCAGAACCAUCGAUUCCAAAGGAACAGUGUUUCCACUUCCAGGCCAACUUUCUGACUCUUCAUGGAAAAUGUCUGCAAAAGCAGAGGUGAUAUGUGCACAUGUUGGAGAUGCAGAGACCAGCAAGCAAGUCUGUUUUCUUCUGCUGCCCAGGGCCUGAACACAUCUGCAUAAUCUGAGGAGACCCCACAGUUGGUUUGUUGAGCCCAGUAUUUGUUCAGAUUUUGCAGGGCUCUGAUCAUCUUUUAUGGUCCUGUUUGAUGCUGAGGGGUAUCCUUCAGCCAGGAGGAUGGUUCCAAUAAACCUAAUAAUCUGAAGUCCAGUAUCAUUUUGAUUGAUACUUUCUUUGCCUCAUUUGACUCUAUUUUCUUCUGCUUCAUUGGGAAGAUGGUGCUGCCAUAAACAGAUUUCUGGGGAAUGAACACACCACCUCACAGGACAUCUGACUGGGCCUCUUGCAGAGCAGGGUGGGAGCUGAAGAACUCCCCAGGGCCUAUCUUUUAGCUGUUGGGUCCCAGGGGAGGGCGUAUCUGGAAUGAGAAUGUGUGACUGUGGGCUGUAAGGAUAAGAUCCUGUGGCCAGUGCCCCUAGUCUCAUACAUAAAAGGUGUUAAGUGACCCAUGCCUUUCACUGAAAGAACU